ACAAGAUGGCGACAUCCACGAAAGCUGUGCUCGCGCUCGCUUUGUCCGAAUAUAAACAACUUCUGGACAAAUAUGCGUCGCUUCUGCAACUUUCCAACGCGCCAGAGGAAGAGGAAGCGCAGAGACGCAGAAGGAUCGUUGCUGUGCUGCAGCUGAAGUCUGAACCAGAGUGGGAGAUGAUGCUGAACAUGGAUGAUCACACUUUUGUGCACCGUUUUCAUGUCACCAAGCCACAGUUUGAGUAUCUCGCAGCCAAGCUACGGGACAACGGUCUUGAAAAGCAGCACUCUCAUGGUCUACCAGCGGUUCCUGCGAUGAAGAAGGUGCUGAUGUUCCUGUGGUUCAUGGCCAACCAGGACAGCUUUCGGCAGAUAUCCCAGAGGUUUGAUGUGUCGCAGUCCUCAGCACACAGGGUCGUCCUGCAAGUGCUCAACAUCAUGUCCACGAUAGGAACAGCCUUUGUCUCGUGGCCGAACGCAGAUGAGAAAGCCGCAUCUGCCGCUGCCUUCCGCCGCCUCUGUGGCAUCAAGGGCGUCAUCGGUGCGAUCGAUGGAUGCCACAUCAGGAUUCAAAGGCCACCGAGAAGAGGAGGAGACUACAUGAACCACAAGUCCUUCUAUUCUGUCCUCCUACAGGGGAUUGUGGAUGAGAAGGGUCGAUUCACUGACAUUUUUGCGGGCCCCCCGGGCAAGGUCUGUGAUGCCAGGAUGCUGAGGGCCUCUGACUUCUACACAACAUGGCAGGAGAAGAUGGGUGGCCACAGCUUGCUGGGGGACAGUGCCUACACUGGACAUGCAUUCCCGUUUGUCAUUUCUCCAAAGUGUGAGGAAGCGCCACUCACAGAGGCAGACGAGUGGCAGAACGCCAGGAUCCACUGUGGGAGGACGGUCGUGGAGCAGGCGUUCGGAAGGAUGAAGUGCAAGUGGAGGCGGCUUCGUGAUCUGCAGAACACCCGAAUGGAUGCGGCUGUGAUGAUCAUACUGGCGGCGUGUUUUCUACACAACAUGUGCCUUGGUGUGACGGAGAUCUGCCAGGAACACCCAGGCGGGUGCCCGAGACUGGCCGAUGAAAACGCGUGACGCACCGCAAUGAACAUACUUGAAGUUACUUUAAGUGUUUUCAAGACUUGAUUGUUCCUUCUUGUUUUGUUUUUACUGCAGUGACAUGCACAAAAAACAAUGGUGAUCAUGAUAAACACAGUUCCAGUAUUGCAGUGCUUGUCAAUUAUUUUCUGUUGCGCCCGCCCCCCAGGAAGGAGUAAACUUUUCGCACCCCCCCAACUCUCUCUGCCGCCUCUGUAAAUAGUAUCAUUUGUCUCUUAAAUUAUUAUAGGUACACCACUGCAUAACAUUGUAUCCUUGUUAGCAUUAAAGAAAACAAAAAGAAAGUAAUAUAUAACGGGAAAGACUUAAAGUGCAUCAAUUUGACUGAAAAAAAAAAACAAUAAUCGUGCGUGGAUGUGCUAUUACACUUUAUCUUGAAUACGGCAACAAAGUAUGUACUGAGGUCACAUGCACCGGACGCGACAGACACAGCUUGUUUAGCAGAAAACCAAGGAUUAAAAUGAAGGACCAGGCACAACAAGACCCUCGGUAAAAGUCGCCACUCGCUUCUGUCAGUCGGCGCAAGCACAACAAAUCUUUCUCACUGUUUAUUUGCAUUUAUUUGCAAUAUUCUCAGUAAAUUCAAACCUAUCACUUGUUUGAUUCCUUCAUGUUUUAUGUUCACUGAUUGAGCAGCUGCUCUUCUCUUUAUUUUAUUUUUACCUUUCUUUAGCUCUAAUUUGCACUUGCAACACCAACAGGAAAAACGUGAGGACUAUUUCUUUCAUAUUAAAUUGAUUGUAACGAUUCCUUUCAGGGAAGGCCGUGCAUUAAUGUAAAUGAUACAUCAUCUAAUUAGCCUCAAGCUAACAAUGUAAACAGAAGGCUCUAGAUCAGUUAGACAUGUGUUCUGUUCUUGCUGUCCAACUGUAAAAAUGUCACAAUACAACGAAGAGUCACAUCUGUGGCUCUUUUCCUCAAAUCAUACGUUCUAAAACUCAAAUUCAUGUUGACACAUAUUCAAUUUAAAUUAAAUGAAGCACCAUCAAUCCAAACAAGAGCCUUUUCAGAGCCUUUCAUGCCACUUGUUUGUCCAUCUCCGUUAUGCUGGCAAUGCCCUGUGCAGAGGCUUUUUUUCUGUACUGUGAAUUUUCAUGUGUCUUGUGAGUUGCCCUCUCUGUGCAAAAGCAUUACCACAUUGGUGGCAGAUGAAAGGUUUUUCUCCUGCGUGCACUCUCAUGUGUCUCUUCAGUGUCCCUCUCUGUGCAAAAGCAUUACCACAUUGGUGGCAGAUGAAAGGUUUUUCUCCUGCGUGCACUCUCAUGUGUCUCUUCAGUGUCCCUCUCUGUGCAAAAGCAUUACCACAUUGGUGGCAGAUGAAAGGUUUUUCUCCUGCGUGCACUCUCA